GAAUGGCACGAUGACUUCUACUUUCAACGGCAUGCGGUCCGCGCUCGCGCAAAUUGACCUGGGAGUCUGGAUCGAAGAGUAUGUCCUGUAUGCAGGUGCCUACGAUCAAACGUCAAACGACAAAUGCUGUUUAGAUAUUCCUGCGGGGGACUAUUGUACCUGGUUACGCUAG